AUGGCCGUGAGACUUCUGGGUGCUGUGCAGGAAAGACACGACCUUCAAGCCAGCACGGUCACGGUCAACACGGUGCUUGCUGCAUGCCGUGCGUCUUCAUGGACCAUGGCGGUGAAGAUCUUUCGGGAGAGCCUGCGGCAUGCUUCUGUGAAUGUGAUCAGCUAUAACAGCACUUUGAACUCUCUAAGUUCUGCCUUAUGCUGGCAAAAAGCAGCUGCUCUCUUGAAGUUGGCACCUGUUCAACCUGACAUGAUCUCCUUCAACGGACACAUCAGCCUGCAUGGCAGGUUGUCUCACUGGCAUCACGCUUUGGAUGUGCUAAAGGAGACGCGCUUCAGACGUUUGCAAAACAGCCAAAUUACGUACAAUGCCAGCAUCAGUGCACUGGAAAGAGGAAGUCGCUGGGAAAGUACCUUGCUAUUGCUUGGUGAUGCCAAAAGACGCUCACGCAGCUUGAAUGAAGUGGCCGGCAAUUCCGCUUUGGCCGCCUGUGAGAGGUGCAGCAAGUGGUGCACAGCCGUGCAGUUCUUGAGUGGCUUCACAGGACGAGACGACUUGGUGGUCGAUGUGAUCAGCUUCAACACUGCCAUCAGUUGCUGUGAAAAGUCCAGUGCAUGGGAAGCUGCGCUGGCGCUGCUGGCAGAUGCUGAAAGCCGUAGGCUGGUGGAUGUGAUUACCUACAAUGCAACCAUCAGUGCAUGCGAAAAGGCGAAGAUGUGGCAACUGGCAAUAGAGUUGCUGAAGGACACGCAGAGAUCCAUGACACCAGAUCUCAUUAGCUACAACAGUGCCAUCAGCGCCUGUCGAGUGGAGUCCCCUUGCAGUUGGUUGCUGGCACUUGCUUUGAUGGCUGAAGCCCAAAGGAAGCGGCUUCGUUGGGACAUCAUUACCUACAGCUCAGCCGUUGGUGUUUGUGAAAAAUCCUCGCAGUGGAAAGCGGCGCGACUUCUUUUGCAAGAUACUUCGCAGCAGCGCAGCAUGAACGUCAUUGUCUUGAACGCAGCGUUGUGUGCUUUCGGUGCGGCGGGGCAAUGGCAGUUGGCCUUGUGGACUUCGUACUGCGGUCCUGAGAAAGCAGGAUUCUCGAUGGACGUAAUAAGCUGCACUUCUUGCAUCAGUGCCUGUGAGGCGUCAAGUCACUGGAGCAUGGGGCUUUUCCUCCUCGAAGAUGCCACUGGCCGACUCUUGCGCUUGAACACUUUCAGCUACAGCUGCGGCCUCAGUGGCCUUGCGCCGUGGCAACCAUGGCAAGGCACGCUGCAACUGCUGAAGACCAUGGCAUUGCGCCAGGUGCGAGGCAAUGAGGUCACGUACAAGACGGCCACGGGUGGACUGGCCAACCAUGCCCAGUGGAUGCAGGGUUUUGCCCUCCUGGCACUUGGUGACGUGGCGGUGACCGAAGCCCUUUCUGCGGCCAUCAGUGGCGCAGCAAGAAGCGAUGAUGCUGACGUUUGGCCUCGGGCUUUAGCAGCUGUAGAUGGCAUGACCUUGUCGCCGAUCAGCUUCAGCGAAUUGGUUGCUACAUGUGAGAAGAUGGUGGGAUCUUCUCCCUUGCGACUGGAGUUGCCACCGCCAAGCUUGGGCUGUGAAAAUGACCAGCGCUAUGUUUGUCCUUUCAAAAUAGGCCAGCCAUUCGCUGGUCGACAUAAAAAUAAUCCCACAUGUGGGUUAAUCAGGUUAAUCCAUACCCAUUUUUGGUUGAUGAAACCUUUGAUUUCGUUGCUAUAA